AUGCCUGGGUUGACAAGCUUUUGGGAAGGUCUUCUUCUUCCUCCCCGACCUGCCGCGUUAAACGAGUUCUUCCCUCCAUGUCGUGUUCCUCCCAAAACUUUUUCUGAUCACCUGUUUAGAGGACUCUCGUUUCUGCCCGUUCUCUCUUCCCCGGAUGCACUCCCGGCUCUUCUGGUAGCCACACAACAAGGCCAAGCCGUUCACGUUAUGGCCAUCUUUCUACGGGUUCUACUCAUUUUCUCCUUUUAUUAUCCCUUUUUUGUUCUCUCCGAUAAAUCAGGUAAGUAAUAAUAUCUGUUGAUUGGGUUGCGCAAGAAUAAUGAAGUGAAAAAUUUUGUUGCGCAAUAUUUUUAGUGAAAAAAUAUGAAUGAAUUUAUUUCUUCACUCUUCCAAAUAAGAGUGAGGAAAUAAGAUCGCACCGGUCGUUCCCAAUCAAAACGCUAAAAACGCAUUCCUCUUUUUUUUAAAAAAAUAGAAUGGACUAAAUGAGGACGGCAUGAGAAAAAAGCACGAAAAAGCAAAUUUAGCGUCUUUUUCAAAAUCAAAAAUCGGUUUUAUUUCUUUACUCUUAAAUCCAGAAUCCAUUUUCGUUUUUAAAAGUAUUAUUUGUAUAAAGAAAAGCCCCGGGACAUCGUUUUCUCCGACAAAGGCUUGUAAAAAUUUAUUUUUUGGAUUAAUUCGAUUACUCUGAUCAUGUCGCCUUCAGAUUCCUCAUCCAAAGAUGGGAUCACUCGAACAGAUCACGACCUCAGAUUUGUAUGGCAAGCAGAAAAAGAAAACUUUUAUUGCUGUAACGACGGAACCCCUGAGGCAAUUGGAUUGGUCCAAAACUUUACAAUCAUCGAUUCGAUGGACAAAGAAUCAAAGGAUGUGUCCGAAUUCAAUUGCCGGGACUUCAGAAUCUCGUACCUGGCCCGAAGAUCGAGGUAUCUCUCGGAUUCAGAGGACGACGCCGAAGAUGGAGCCAUUCGGAUACGUUGUAAAUGUCCCACUGCCAAUGAACAUAUAGUAGACGAUCAUUGUCAUCGACUUCCUCCUUGUAAAAAUCUGGGAGUCCGAGGAUCCAAUAACAAAUGUAUAUGUCCAGUCCCUUUCUUCGGCGAGUUAUGUGACAAAUAUUGCGAUCAAGGACAGAGAGUCAGUGGCCAUAAUGGCAAAGAUUACUGUAGUUGUGUGCCUUAUUAUCAAGGCGAAGAGUGUCGAGAAAUGGUUUGUUUGAACGGAGGAAGGGAAAGCAACGGACGGUGUGUGUGUCCAAGACAUUACCUGGGGUAUCAUUGUGAAAUCAACACGAAUGCAACACAAUCCGGCUCCAGAUUUCAACGGUUUGGAGAUCAGGUACGGAAUUUAUAUUCAGAGGAUUUUUUUGUCUUUAAAUUAAAUAAUCAUUUGCUGUCAGGGAUCAGAUAUGUUCACUCGAGAUAUAUCGGGGACGAUCUUCAGCCUGAUUAUGAUCGUGGUUCUAGUUGUUAGUAUGUAUCUCCUCAUGAAGCAUCGAAUGCAGGCAAGUCCCCAUUUCUCUCUCCAUUUUUGUAUUUUAGACAAGAUACCUCAAUCGAAGGCCUGACCUUCUGACGGCCUGCAACUUCCCGGUCCCAGUCCCGACCGCCAUGGCUGUGGCUGCAAAUCAUGGCCCUGGGGGUUGUUUUGCCACAAGGAGGGGAGACUUUGUGGAUGAUCCGAGGAUAUAUUCAUUCAGACAGAUCAUCCCCGACUCGGGGCCUCCUCCCUAUAUACAGCCUGGGCAGAGGCGUAAGUUUAUUAAUAAUCUGAUGACUAAAAACGAUACUUUUGUUACCACGCUCUUCCCUUUUGUAAAAUAAUAGUUGCAGCGAUGACCAUCUAGAUAUUAAUAGAAACGUAAAUAAAUGAUCUGUUUACAUGAUUAGUUGUUUCAGGACGCCGCUCUCAGGAUGAAGCCUUGCCUCCCUUGCCAAGCUACGAGGAUGCUACAAAACUACCACCGUUAAGGUAAGUAAAAGUUAUUUGACAUGACGUAACAUUACACAAAAUGAUCCUUGCAGACACAACCUCGGCGGCGAAGGGAACACCGAAGCGGACGAUGCAACGGGGAAUGUCGCGGCCGUAAGCGACCGAGCAGAGACCCCGCCUACGCUCGAUCAGAACAUAAUCGCGACAUCCAAUCUGGAGGGCGACGUCCCCCCUUCGAACCCAGAAACCUCAUCCCUCAGCUCAACCGGGUCCUCAGUUUCAUCCUCAAAGGGCGAUUAG